AUGUCAUUCCCAUUGAAGCUUAUGCCAAACAGAUUACCAUCCCUAAAACAUCUUCAUGGCUACAAAUGGUUCAGCUCAGCAAUAGAUGCAGAUAUCGCCUUGACCUUAGCUAGGAUAGUCGACAAGGAUGGAAAUUCAGGAAAAGGAUCUCGUGGCCUGUCAUUAUUCCUUCUCAAGAUUAGAAACGGUGAUGGCCAACUGAAUGGUAUACAAAUGAUACGGUUGAAAAAUAAGCUUGGGACAAAACAGUUACCCACUGCUGAAUUACUGCUUGAUGGUACCGUAGCGCACUGCCUGGGUGCUCCAGGAAGGGGUGUAGCAAAUAUCUCCAACAUGCUGAAUAUUACAAGAAUACACAAUGCUGUGGCAUCAGUGUCUGGAAUGAGAAGUACGGUAGAAUCAGAAUUUUUUUCGGAAAAAUGGCGACGUUUUCGAUAUUCUCAAUUUUUACGAGCUUGUGGUAGCUGA